AUGAGUGCUGAUACACCAUUUAAGAGAAUGAAAUGGGGCUUUUUACCAAGAAGAAGAAUUGUUGAUGAAGAUGAGGAUGGAAACUUUGUUGAUAUGGAUCAAAUUUCUCAAAAAUUAUCUUCAAAUGAUGUCAAUUCAGAAAAGAAUUCAGAGAUCAUUGUCAAUGAAAAUGAUGAAUCAACUGGUAUAGUUUAUGAAUAUAGAGAUGAAACAAACAGACCAUGGUGGAAGUUUUUUGAUGAAUAUGAAUACAGAGUUAAGACUGAGGUUAAAAAUAAUAGAAAAUGGUAUCACUGGUUUCAUGAAGAUGAUACGAAAUUGGAAAAGAAAUUAAUUACAAAACUUGAUAUUUUACUUUGUUUCUAUAGUUUAAUUGCUUAUUGGGUUAAAUAUCUUGAUACAGUGAAUUUAGUAAAUGGUUAUUUGGCUGGUAUGCCACUUCCAAAAGAUCAAGGUGGUAUCAAUAUGGUUGGAAAUGAUUUAAUAGAUACGCAAGUUAUUUUCAAUAUCGGGACAGUAUUGUUUCAAAUUCCAUUCAUGUAUUGCAUUUAUGCUUAUCCUUUAUCAUAUGUCCUUCCAGCAAUGGACAUUGCUUGGUCAAUUUUAACUGUUUUAACAGCUGAAGUUAAAAACACAGGUCAAUUGCAAGCAGUGAGGUUCCUAAUAGGUGUUUUUGAGCUGGGGUUUUACGUGGCUUAUCAUUCAUUGCUAGCAUCCUGGUAUCGAAGCAGUACGGGCGAAUUAGCUCGCAGAGCUGGAGCGUAUUAUAUUGGGCAGUAUAUGGGUGUUUUGACUUCUGGGUUGAUAUCAGGUGGUAUUGAGAGAGUGUUUGGUGGUGUUCCUGGACAAUCAUGGAGGUGGAUAUUCAGAAUUGAUGGAAUUUUAAGUAUUGUUGUUGGUUUGAUUGGUUUUUAUGUAAUACCUGGUACACCAGCUGAUUGUUAUAGUAUUUUCUUAACUGAUGAUGAAAUUAGAGCAGCUAGAAGAAGAAUGAUUAAAGACAAUGUUGGUUUUAGACCUAGAAAAGAUGUUUUCAAACAAUUCUUUGAUUGGAAAUUAUGGAAAACUAUUUUUAGUAGUUGGCAUUUUUAUGUUUUGUCUAUUUGGUGUAUAUUUUUAUGGAACAAUGCAAGUGGACCUGCUGGAGCUUAUGCUUUGUGGUUACAAUCAUUAACAAAAGCUGAUGGUACUGCAAGAUACGUUGGUGGACAAUUACAAGAGCUUACGAGCUUAACCCCAUCGCUUGGUUUGUUGUAUCUUAUACUUGUUUGCAUGUUUGCUGAUUUGUUCAAAAGUAGGUGGGGUGCAAUUGUUAUUUCACAGAUACUAAAUUUGACUGGUAACUUAAUGUUAGCAAUAUGGGAUUUACCAGAAGGUGCUAAAUGGUUUGCGUGGUGUUUACAAUAUUUCAGUUGGAGUGCUGCUCCGGUGGUAUAUGCAUUUCAAGGUGAUAUUUGUCGUUUUGAUCAUCGUCAAAGACAAGUGUUGUUAGUAUCAAUGAAUAUAAUUGCUCAAACAUUUUCAAUUUGGAUUUCAAGAUUAAUUUGGCCAACGGUUGAAGCUCCACGAUAUUUGAAAGGGUUUUCAACAAUUACUGCUUUUACAUUUAUGCUAAUAGUCUGGACAAUAUUAGUGCUCUACUUAUAUAAACGUCAAGAAAGAGCUCAUGCAAAAGAAAACGGAAUUAUUUUCAUAAAUGAUCAAUCAGAUGAGGAAGUGGUGGUUAGUAAAUAA